AUGUUUGUCGCCAGCGACCGCGGCCAGGACAGGGACGUGAACCAGCUCCGAGCCGCCCCAAAGCCACCCGGAAGCUCGGCCAAAGUCGUGCCCGUGGCGGCCAAGCGUAGCCUCUAUGACGACAUGGACGUCGACGAGGACGCCGACGGCUUUGUCGCAUCUACACCUGUGCAAGGCUUCAACACGGUGCCGGCCUCCGACUGGGCGUCGCUGGACGCGGAGCUUGCGUCUGUGCUCGCCGACCCGACAUCGACGACCAAGCAGCGACCAACGGCGGCCAGGGUCAGAAACGACGACGACGACGAUGUUGUCGACGGCUUUGUCAACGACAACCCCGACUACGUACGUCAGCGGCUCGAAAAGAAGGUGCAGCUCUACGCUGCCCACAUCGAGGCGAUGAAGAGUCGCAUGGAAAAGUGGCGAGAGCACAAGACAGCGUUUGUGGCCCAUAUUCACAAGCUGGAAGAGCGCUUGAAGGAGCAGACUGAGGCGUUCGCCAAGGCCGAGGCGGCCUGGGAAGACGAAGCGAUGAGCCUCGCGAAAGCCCGACGCUCCAAUAAACCCAACUAUGCUCUUGGUGGCAGCGCAAUGCAAGGCCAGCAUCAAAUGGACCGAGAGCGGUCGAAAGAAGCGGUGCGGCAGCUGCUGCAUGGCGCCGCCGACGUUGCCGCGGACGACGACGACGACGACGAUCUCAUCAACGCGACGGGGCGGUCGUGGCACCAGCGUCUGCUCGCGAUCGCCCGGCGGCUCGUGCCACUCAGCCACGACAUCAAGCAGAUCCAGGCGCGCUACGGCCACUCGGUGGCAGCGUACUUUGUGUUUUGCCGCUGGGUGCUCCUCAACUACUUGAUCUUGUCGUUGCCGUCACUGUACUUUCUCAUAUUGCACAUUGCCGAGCUCCUGGACACGCACUAUACGUCGUGGAGUACGUUUACGGGCUUGAUGCCCAACUGCCUCUUGUUCCCGAGCUACACGACGAACGAAGCGUUUGCAUACAGCAUCUACCUGGGUGGCACCAGCAGUCUCUUCCUCCUCAUAUCCACCUACAAGUGGCUCCAAGAAGACCGCUACGCCAAGCUACGUCACGCGGCCGAGGCCGGACGACCGUCAACGUUUGGCAAGCUCCUCUUGAAUGCGUGGGACUUUGAAGCAACGACGAAAGACGACGUCUCGGACCUGCGCAAGAGUCUCUGGGACAGCUUGCACGUCGCCUUGUACGACGACAUCAAGCAAGCGGAAAUCCGAAAUCGCACCAAACGGGAACGCUAUACGCUAUAUGCGCGUCGGGCCGCUGCGUUUCUUAUUUAUGUCGCGGUUCAAGGCAUUUCGUGGGGACUCAUCGGUCUCCUCACGGUUGAGGCGUCGUCCUUUGCACAGCUCAUCAAAGCCAACGUGCCCGCGCUCCAAGCGUACGCGGCGAGUAUCGUGCCAAUUGGUGUCAGCGUCAUCAAUGGCGUGCUCCCCAAGAUCCUUGGUGUCCUGACCAACUUUGAGCGCUGGGACGACAACGGGUUUCGCAUCAAGGCCAUGGUCACGCGCCUCUUCUUGGCCCAACUCCUCAACAUUCUGCUGCAGCUCUGGUCGUACGCGAUGCUAUUGGACCCGUACUUGAGCACCUCGUCGGAACAGCCCAUCGCGUGGCUGCCCUUUGCCUACGAGAUUCGCAGCAACGUCAUGCAAAAGUUCAAACCGGAUGUCUAUGCGUGCCGGGCCGAGCAGGUCGCGUCCGGUCUCGUCGUGCUCGUCGUGACCAAUUUUGUGACGCCCAAAGUCACUGCCUUGACAGUAUCAGCCAUCUUUGGGCUGCUAAGGCUCGUCAAGCGUCUUCGCGCCAAGCGGAAAGGCAUCGAGUUGCCGGCCACGGACCAUCGGAGUGAAUUUCUGAUCGCGCCCACCAUGGUCGCGCUCAUGUCGUCUUGUACAUUAUACGCGUUUGCCAUCCCACUCUGUCCGUCGGCGGGUCUUAUCACGGUUUUACUGCUCACGCUCAGCUUCAAGUUUGAAAAACUCUAUCUCCAGACGUUUAUGAAGAAACCGAUGGCGCCGUGGAGUGCCAAGAAUGCGGGCGUCUUCUUCAUCAAGCUCUACUGGUGCACGGUCGCUGUGUACACCACCGGCAUGUACUGGUUCCUCACGAAUGCCCACUUGCCGAAACACUGCGAUUUACAAGUGCGCGAUGCUCCGUUUCUCUGCAGCACUUAUGCACCGGCCACGCAAACGUGCGUCUUGAACACGACCCACCCGAUGAGCUUCUUUUUUGAAACGAGCCCGACCAACGAGUGCAGUGCCAAGUAUCCGGGCUGCGUGUGUGCAACCGCCUGCGGACCGUUUAUCAACAGCACGACCGGCUAUAGCCCCGUCCUCGACCUGGUUCUCUCGACGGACGGGGUCGGGUUGUUUGCCAACCUCGCCACAACAGGCGUGACGCUCUUGUGGGCGGCCAUUGUGCUCCUGCUGAUGCAAGUUGGUCUCAAAGCCAACUCGAUCGAGGCGACGCAACUUGCUGGACAGGUACAAGACCAAGAAGCCAGAGCCAUGAUCGCUGCCCUUCUCAAGAAGGUCGCUGCCCAAGACAAGAAACUUAAACUUCAAAAGCUGUAA